AUGAAGGGCCUUGUUACUUGGUUCUGCGUUUCAUGCCACGAUAGCGAUGCUCAUCGCAUGCGGCUCAAGAUUAUUGCCCAUGAGCCUGGAUCAUGGCUUCUUUGCGCCUGGGCCCAUCUCAUCCCUGCAAAGCGUCGGGUUAACAUCAACACAUUGUGUGCUGGUUGCUUGGAUGAUGAUGAGAUCUCAUCUAGUAAGGAGCAGCGUGCUUUUAUCCAGAAGAAAAGGGAUCAGACUAUAUUCGAGCGGAAUGUUAGCUGGGUUAAGCAAGAGUGGGACUUCUGGGUAACUCCUCAGAACAUGAAGGGCUAUACUUGCAUCUUGUUGGCGGUGUAA